GUACUUCCUUUUUCCCAUCAUGCAUUUUUAGAAACAUGGCGGCUGAAACCUUUCACAACAACAUUUAUAUCACUACUGUGAACUAGUUGCUCUUGCGAGUUUAUCAAUAAGUAUUGGUGUUAAAGUGGAUUCUGCACAAUGCCGAAAUAUUACGAGGAUAAAGAGGAAGAUAACAGAGCCUGCGCCGGUAUCAGAGAGGACUUCAAGGCGUGUCUCCUUCAGCACGACUGCGUGGUAAAGGAGGGGAAGAUGCCCAGUGAGUGCUUGAAGGAAGGCUACUGCAAAGCCCUGCAGACUUCAUUCUUUGAGUGUAAGAGGUCAAUGCUGGACACUAGGUCAAGAUUCAGAGGACGGAAAGGAUAUUGAGGAACCAUCUGAACUCUGAUGCCAUAUGGUCGAGUGAAUCCUGGAUGAGCAACUUGUAAGGAUUUAAUUUAAAGAGCUCUGCUUAUGGGUCAGUGUACUUGCAGCCUCUGACCUCUGAAGGAUAUGUCAAAAGAAGUUGGGUAGCAAAAGACUACCAAAUAUUAAAGAACACUGCACACUGACGCACAAAAGGAUUACCAUCUUAUCAGCAAAAUGUAGUGCUGGGGGGGGGGACUGGAGCUGUCACUGGCUGGAGUUCUUUCUGGAUGAAUGAGUGUGUGAGAUGUAAUAUGAAAACACUUAAUACAAUGAAUAAAAUGUAAAGAGUUUCUAUUAAA